GUAGUAUUAGUACAAAGACAAAAUAACUGAUGAAUAUUCUUCUCUUUUAUUGAUGAUUUUGUUAUUUUUUCCUCUGUUUCCGUUGUUGUUUUAACCCGCUCUUGAACGAAUUUUUUGCUUGUACUCAUUUUUAAAGUCAACCAUCCUGGCGCAGUAAGGGUAGGACGUGGGCUUAUAAAAUAGCUAUUUUGGCAGCUAGAAAGGUGAAAUUUUGCACAGAUGUUUUUAAUUGUGUUAUCUACCUUUUCUGAAAAUUUCAUAAUUUUAUUCUGAAAAUUUCCGAAGUUAUAAGCAAAAAUGCAGUUAAGUGUCAAAUUUCAACAUAUUCUGACAUUCUUUUGAUCAUAAAUUUUGAAAUACAAAAUCAGAAAUUCUGAAAUUUUUAGAGAAGCUAGUUAACACUUUUGAGGAGGCCUAGACAAAUUUUUAAGACUUCAAGUCUUCAUUAAGCAAUUUUAUAAGUCUGCGACCCAAUGUUCCUUACGCACUACUGUCUCUGACCCGUUCACCUUACCCCUCUCCAAUUCCUUUUUUUUCUACUUUUCCCUAGAGUAACAACUACCUUUUUUCUCUUUAAUUCAUUUUCCAUUUUACCAAUUCUCGACAACCGCGUGUUUCUUUUAUUCAAUAAAUUUAUUCCAAUUCCUCGUAUCGCUCAAUUGUACUACAAUUAUUACUUGGUGGUUGCCCCCCUUUCCCCUUCCCUUUUUCCUCUUUUUUUCAAUACAUUUCCGUUAUUUUUUCAAGAGAAUAUUUAACUCCUUUUCCCACAUAUUCCUGCACCAAUUAAGUUUUUUUUCAAUUUAUCUUGCGCAAAAUAAAUUUUUUUGUCUUCUAAUUUAACAAUUUUAUAAUUAAAAUAGUCGAAAUAAUUUUUUUUAAUUUUAAAAAUUAAUUUUUUUCUUUCCAAAAAUAAAUUAAAAAUGACAUUUAGCGAAGAGAAAAAAACAAUAUUAUUUCACUAAAAAUUUUAUUUUUCAAAUCAUUUUAUUUUUUAAAAUUUUCAUCCAUUUCCUUUAUUAACGCCCCCAUAGAUUUACUCCCUAUAAAUUUUUCUAUUUAAGAAAAUAAUAUUUCUGCGCAUUAAAAUGCCAUUGGCUAAAUGAAAAAAAUAUUAAUUUUAAUAAUUUACACAUCAUUUUGAAUAUAAGGAGCUUUUACUAAGCUGAUUUAUUGAAAAGAGGAAACGUUGUUUUAAACUGGAGUGGUCAAUGGAGAUUGAAAAUAUUGUUGCUAACACGGCCAGGACCGGUGGGCAAAGGAAAGGAAAAAGCAAAAAAUGGCGUCACUACCUUCAAUUCCCUUAUCCUUUUAUUGUUGAAAAACAACCAAUUGGUCGGUUACUUUUUAAAAGAUUUUGUGAACAACAAAAACAAGAAGAUUUGGCUAUUUGUUGGCGAUUUUUAGAAAGGGUGGAGGAAUACGAAACUAGUGACAAUGACCCAGAACAAAGACGUAGAUUAGCUGGCGCUAUGGCUCGACUUUUUGAUGAACAAUUAGCCUUAACAGAAGGAAAUCAGUCUCAACAAAAUGAUAAAAAUCAUUCAGAAAUAGCAAAUACAGAGAAUAGUGCAAAUAAAACAACUUUAGUUAAUGGUGAUGGACCGGUAAAUAAAUAAAUAAAUGUUUGAAUUUCAAUCACCCUAACUAGAUACCGAGGGAUUAAGGCAGUUGGGCCUAUUACUUGACUUUUAGUAUACCAUAAAUGCAGAAAAGUUAUGAAGUUAUACCAUAAAAGUUUACUUUCUUGUCGAAGAGUUCCUCCGACAUUCAAAAAUACUAUAU